AUGCCGCCUCAUAGAGAUCCACGUACUUCUUCUGAGCCUGGUUUUCCCGAUAUCACUCAGUUAGGGGAAGCCAUAGCCAAUGCCAUUCAAGCUUCACUUCGCCCUUUUCAGAAAACUCCUUUAGAGGCAGUGUACAAUUUGAAAUUACCUACUUUUAUGGGUAAUGAAGGACAUGAAGGGGCCGAGCGAUGGCUUGAGCAUGUAGAGAAGACUUUUCGGGUUAUGCAGAGUCAAGGCAAUCUCCUUGCUGAAAGGUGGGUUGAGACUACCACUUGGUUUUUGGGUAAAGAGACUGCAUCUUGGUGGGAACAAGAAUCUCGUGGAUGGUUGCCUGAAGAGGUAGCAAAUUGGAAGAAUUUUAAGGAUUCGUUCUAUAAGAUGUUUAUUCCUCCAGCCUAUCUUGACCGAAAGAAGCAGGAAUUCAUCAGUUUGAAGCAAAGAAAGAUGUAUGCUAAUGAGUACUAUCGGAAAUUUACCGAUUUGUCUCGAUAUGAUUCUGAAAUUGCUGCUAAUCCUGUUGAGAUGCUCAGACGUUUCAAGAGGGGUACUAAAAAGAAGUGGCGUUCCAUGGCUACUAUUGCAAGCUGUACCACUUAUCAGGAGUUUUAUGAGGUUCUGUUGAACAUUGAGGAUUCAGAAAAUUUACCCAGUGACAGUGAAGAAGAAGAAAAAGAUAAGAAUCAAAAGAGAAAUGAUAAGGGUAAAGGUCAGUUUUCUCAAGAACCUAAGAAAGCACAAAGUUUCAAAAGAAGUGGUAUGGGCUCGAGUUCUUCUAGUGGAGGUUUUGGUUUCUCAGAUCAAAGGCGUGGAGGUAGAUUUUAUGGAGGCCCUAAAUUCCAGAGACAGAGAGGUUUUGGUGGUUCUGGAGGUUCAACUGCUCCUCUUUGCCGUAGGUGCAAUAAUCGACACUUUGGAGAAUGUCGUCGAGGUAGCAGUGGGUGUUAUACUUGUGGUCAGAUGGGGCAUAUGGCUAAGUACUGUCCCCAAAGCCAGUAG